AUGUCACCAGAAGAAGGCCAGUUUCUGGUCGAUUGGGACGACGGCGAUAACGACCCAUUAUGUCCAAGAAGUUACGGCAAGCUGAGAAAAUGGCUGAUCACCGUAGUGGUUUCAGUCAUGGGGCUUUGCGUUACCUGUGCGAGUUCCAUAUACACUUCAACAUACGCCAACUUGGAAGCCGAGUUUCACAACUCUAGAAUCGUAUCGACUCUAGGUUUGUCAACGUUCGUCCUCGGCCUUGCGUUAGGGCCGAUGAUGUUCAGUCCCCUGAGCGAGUUCUACGGGCGAAGGCCAAUCUAUCUCAUCUCGUCCACAUGCCACCUUCUCUUCCUGAUUCCUCAGGCGACGGCGAAGGAUAUCGUCACACUGGUCGUUCUCCGCUUCUUGGACGGCUUUUCAGGUAGUGCGUUCCAAGCUGUGUCUGCUGGGACGGUCCGCGACUUGUUUUCAAACGAUGAACUGCAGGCGCCCAUGCUUCUGUUCUCGAUCUGUCCGUUCAUCGGACCCAGCCUGGGACCCUUGGUCGGCGGGUUCAUCAACUACUACACUGGGUGGCGCUGGACGUUUUACGUGCUGAUAAUCUGGUCCUUCGUGCUAGAGUUGGGCAUCGUGUUUCUGGUUCCAGAGACAUACCGUAAGAUUGACUUUCGCUCUUGA